AGUAAACACAACGAGAAAAUAAUUAGCGAAAAGUGUUAAGACAAAAGUAAAGUCGUUAAAGUAUAUAGAUUUAUAGCUAUAAGUUAUGAAUUUGUAGUGAAAAAAAUCAUCUGAAAAUUUGGCUGUGAUUGAAGUAAAAAGACGCCGGGUCAGUUUUUUCUAUUAUCAAACAUUUAUAUGUAUUAGCAAAGUAUAUGCGGCUUUUUUGGAGUGUGUGGGUGUUAAAUGUAUUAAAUUGUGUUGUUUAGAUUGCAUUAGUUUUAUAAAGCGUAAUAAUGGCGGUGGAGACGGCGGUGCCAUUAGCAAAAACCAGAUUUCUAACAUGGGAAAAACAAGAACAUUUAAUAAAAUUGGCAAUUUUGAUAAUAGCUGCAGUAUUGUCGUUCGCCACGCGUUUAUUUUCUGUUCUACGCUUUGAGAGCGUCAUCCAUGAAUUUGAUCCAUAUUUCAACUAUCGUACCACGCGCUUUUUGGCCGAAAAUGGCUUCUAUAAAUUCCACAAUUGGUUCGAUGAUCGCGCCUGGUAUCCCUUGGGACGUAUUAUUGGUGGCACCAUCUAUCCGGGAUUGAUGGUUACAUCGGCUGCCUUAUAUAGGAUAUUAUGGCUAUUGAAUAUUACCGUUGAUAUACGCAAUGUGUGUGUAUUUUUGGCUCCAUUCUUUUCAUCGCUCACCACGCUGGUCACUUAUGCUUUGACGAAAGAAAUACAUAGUACUGGUGCUGGUUUGGUAGCCGCCGCUUUGAUUUCCAUAGUUCCGGGUUAUAUUUCCCGUUCUGUGGCUGGUUCAUAUGACAAUGAAGGCAUUGCCAUAUUCUGCAUGCUUUUGACAUACUAUCUAUGGAUAAAGGCGGUUAAAACUGGAGCCAUAUUUUGGUCGGCCAUGUCAGCCUUGGCCUAUUUUUAUAUGGUUUCCUCAUGGGGUGGUUACGUUUUCUUAAUCAAUCUCAUACCUCUGCAUGUUUUGGCUCUAAUGUGUACUGGACGUUUUUCACAUCGGAUUUAUGUGGCCUACAGCACUUUGUAUUGUGUGGGCACGAUUUUGUCUAUGCAAAUAUCGUUUGUGGGUUUCCAACCCAUACAAAGUUCGGAACAUAUGCUGGCUUUGGGUGUUUUUGGUCUGUGUCAAAUUCAUGCCUUUGUGGACUAUUUACGUUCCUGGAUGACAAAAGAUCACUUUGAGACACUGUUUAAGGCUUUAAUAUCGACCAUCUUAACGGUGGUUUUUAUUGUGGGCACUUUAUUAACGGUCACCGGUAAAGUUUCGCCUUGGACGGGUCGUUUUUAUUCUCUGUUAGAUCCUUCUUAUGCAAAGAAUCAUAUACCCAUCAUUGCUUCCGUCUCUGAACAUCAACCCACAUCAUGGUCUUCAUUCUACUUCGAUUUACAGAUUCUUGUUUUUCUGUUUCCGGCCGGUUUAUACUUUUGCUUCUCCAAACUUUCCGAUUCCAAUAUUUUCAUAAUUUUAUACGGCGUCACCAGCAUUUAUUUUGCGGGUGUAAUGGUACGUCUAAUGUUGGUAUUGGCCCCAGUUAUGUGCAUUCUUUCCGGUAUAGCUGUCUCACAUUUAUUGGCGAAGUAUAUCAAGUCAGUAGAGGCGGCAUCUUCAUCAAAACCGGUAGAGAAUAGAAGGCAAUACAAAAAAUUGGAACAACAAAGUGGUGGUGUCAAGAAGGAGGUGGCUUUAACAUUUGUUGGCAUUGUUACUUUAAUGUUGAUUGUCUAUACAUUCCACUGUACUUGGGUUACUUCCGAGGCCUAUUCGUCGCCCAGUAUUGUAUUAAGUGCUCGCUCACAUGAUGGUGGUCGCAUAAUAUUUGAUGAUUUUCGUGAGGCCUACUAUUGGCUGCAAAUGAAUACCCCAGAGGAUGCUCGCAUUAUGUCUUGGUGGGAUUAUGGCUAUCAAAUAACAGCCAUGGCUAAUCGCACAAUUUUAGUUGACAACAAUACCUGGAAUAACACUCACAUUUCGAGAGUUGGUCAGGCCAUGGCCUCUUCCGAGGAGAAGGCUUAUGAAAUUAUGCGUGAAUUGGAUGUGGAUUAUGUGCUGGUAAUUUUUGGCGGUCUUACAGGUUACUCCUCGGACGAUAUCAAUAAGUUCUUAUGGAUGGUGCGUAUUGGUGGCAGUACUGAUCGUGGUGCUCAUAUUAAAGAAAAAGAUUAUUAUGCUGCCAAUGGUGAAUUUCGUGUUGACAAGGAGGGAUCGCCCACUUUACUCAAUUGCCUCAUGUAUAAAAUGUGUUACUAUCGCUUUGGACAAGUGUACACAGAGGGUGGCAAGCCUCCUGGUUAUGAUCGUGUGCGUGCGGCAGAAAUUGGCAACAAAGAUUUUGAGCUGGAUGUGUUGGAGGAAGCCUAUACAACAGAGCAUUGGCUAGUGCGCAUUUAUAAAGUUAAGGAUUUAAGCAAUAGAGGAGUUUAAUAUGCAAGUAAUUGCUCUUCACCCUAAAGCUUCCUCUCUCACACUCUAUCUCACUAGUUCGUAAUUUUCUUCUCUCUAUCUCUCUAAAAUAAUUAUAAUUUUUUUACAAAAAUUUCAUAAACUAUAAAGAAAUUGUUGAUCAAUAUUAUUAUUUUACAAGAAUUUAUUCUUUGGUUUUGAGAAAACAAAAAAAAUAUAAAAAAUUUGCCAGUAUUCCACAAAAAAAAAUCUCAAAUUCGUUACGGUUUGCAUCGAAUUAAAACACAAAGCAUCAAUGAAAGCUCUCUAUUAAUAAAUUAUGUAUCAUGUUCUUAAACUAAACACUUUUAAGUAUUAUAUUCUAUUUUAAAUGUAUGUGAACUAAAUGAUUAUUUAAAAUAAAAAUUCCUUACAAAUUGAAAAUUCCCUAAAAAAUGUGCUCAACUUAAACAUGACAGAAAGGCUUUUGCGUAAAAUGAAGGCUCUUUAACUACAUAAAAUAAAUAUUUUAUACAAGAAAAAUUUAAAACAAA